AUGCGAAGGAGGACUAGGAUUCAGAUAAUCAGAUCGCUUCAUGAGGUCACUAAAGCGCUGUUUGGAAAAUUAUGGUGGAAUUUUAGGACCACCACAUCACUUUGGAGCUCUUUCAUGUGGACUAAAUACUGUAAAAAACAUCAUCCCGUAUUGGCUAAGGGGACAGGGGCGUCUCAUGCAUGGAGGAAAAUGGUGGAGGUUAGGGAGGAAGUGGAGCGUGAAAUAUGGUGGCAAGUAAUGUCGGGAGAGGCAAGCUUUUGGUUCGAUAAUUGGACUAAGCAAGGUGCAUUAUAUUUUUUGGAGGAGACAGUAAGGGGAGAAGAGGAAAUAGAAGUGAAACAAUUCAUAGUGAAUGGGGAAUGGGAUAGAUUGAAGAUAAAUAUGGUUCUAUCAGCCGAAAUGACGAAAUAUAUAGUGGAGAACAUACGGCCAAAAAUUGAGGUAGGGGCAGUGGAUAAAGCUUGGUGGAUGGGCAACCAAAGUGGGGAGUUCACAUUUGCUGAUUGUGCAAGUAUAGAGAUGGAGGCCGGACUACAACAGACAAUUAAAAAAUGGUGGGCAGCAUCUUCUAAACCCAAGGUAAAAGCCGUAUUUCAGGCUAUACCUGCCAUUCUGAUGUGGGAACUAUGGAAGCGAAGAAAUGCCAGAAAAAAUGGCAAGGAAAGAAAUUGGGAGGAUGUACUAGAGGUGCUACAGCAGUACAAACCAAAGUUACACUAUCGAGCAGUAUCUUGGACAAAACCACAAAAGGGUUGGAUGAAAUGCAACACAAACGGAGCAAGUAGAGGAAAUCCGGGUGAAUGUACCUAUAGCUUUUGUAUAAGGGAUGAUUUUGGAGACUUGGUAUAUGCGGAGGCACAAAGAAUGGGUAAUGGUAAUAGUAUGGAGGCUGAGACUAGAGCAAUCCUCAGAGCGCUACAACAUUGCAAAAUAACAGCACAAAUGUGGUUGUGGAGAUAG